UGCCCUGCACCGGGAGGCACGUGCGGCGGGCUUUAAGGUGGCUUCCCGGCAGCCAAAAUGGCCAUGGCCAGUGAUUUCUACCUGCGCUACUACGUCGGCCACAAGGGCAAGUUCGGGCACGAGUUCCUGGAGUUCGAGUUUCGACCGGAUGGAAAACUUAGAUAUGCCAACAACAGCAAUUACAAAAAUGAUGUCAUGAUCAGAAAAGAGGCAUAUGUCCACAAGAGUGUAAUGGAAGAACUCAAGAGAAUUAUUGACGACAGUGAAAUUACAAAAGAGGAUGAUGCUUUGUGGCCACCCCCUGACAGGGUUGGCCGGCAGGAGCUUGAAAUUGUAAUUGGUGAUGAACACAUUUCUUUUACCACAUCAAAAAUAGGUUCUCUUAUUGACGUAAAUCAGUCAAAGGAUCCUGAAGGCCUUCGUGUAUUUUACUAUUUGGUGCAGGACUUGAAAUGCUUAGUUUUCAGUCUCAUUGGACUACACUUCAAGAUUAAACCAAUUUAAACUGUAUACUUUUGAAAUUAUUUAUAUAUUUAACUAAGGGAUGGUCAGGAAGGGUUUUUGUUAUUGAAAAUUUUGUGAUUUUUUUUAUGAAUGUGAAACUUUUUUAUAUAUAAAUUUAAUAUAUGAAAAAAAGUGAAGAGUUUUCAUCUCUUGGAUCCAGCUGGGUUAGGCAGUGCCACAUACAAUGAAUUCUGUAAAUAAAAGCCAUUUUUUGUUGAAAUUUUGCUCUAAUAAAACAUGUCAAAACCUGGA